UCGUGUCUCGUGUCUCGUGUCUCAUACCUCAUGCCUCUCCCAUGGCUUGUGAAAGGGGUGGGCAACGGUCCAGAGCCCCUACCCCGGCUUGGUUGUACAAGUGCAACGUCUCUUUGGAAUGUCCAAAAGCGCUCUCGAGGACAUCGCUCUUCGCGUGAUACACGUCUGGCUCGGCAAGGCGCCGUUGAGCAGUCUGAACAAUGCGUACGAGCCGCUCUCGGCGGUCGAGCUGCCGCAGCGCGAGGUGCGGCCGUCAGCCGCCGUGGCCGAGUUCCUGCGGUGCGUGAGGCACCAGUUCCCCGCGGUGCGGCUGGACGGCAAGGAGGGUUUCUUCAGCGACGACGGCGGCGGCGAGACGGAGCAGAAGCAGCAGCCGCGGGGCAGCCCGUCGGCGCCGCGCGAGCAGCGGCUAUCCUUCAAUCCGAAAGCGGCCGCCGUGCUGCACCUCGACCGCGAGCUGGCCGACAAGUUGUACCAGGCCCGGCUCAAGGCGGACCUGGCGCGGCGGCGGCGCGACCACGUCGAGCAGGUGGUGCAGACGACGCGGUUCCGGCGGCUGCAGUUCCACGCCUCGGUCGGGGUCGCCCACCACCUGUGCCACCUGUUUGUGGGGUUCCUGCGCAACUUUGGCGGGCUCGCCGCCGAGGUCGCCGACGACGACGUGCUGAGCUUGGUCGCCCAGUACGACGCCGGCUCCGAGUUCGAGGCCGCCUUCUUCGGCGGCUGCCCUAAGAUGUUCCUCGACGUCGCCGCCCUGUUCGACCAAAAGUACAGCCGCCAGAGUUACGUCGGCCGCAGCUACCUGGUCCGCUCCGAGCGCGACGAUAAGGGAAGGAGGACUGCGAGUGCCAUCUGCCAGCACAUGAUCGACAGCUAUCUCCAAGGCGACUUCUCAGCGCCGCUCUUGAGCGACGACGAAGGAGGCUUUGAUGACUACCGGGACCUCAAGGACAAGUACGACCUCUGCGGUGGCCGGACUCGACAGAGGAGCGUGCCCAACUUGGACGAAGCUGCAUCCGCAAAGGAGGGAGGGCGGCUGAGCGUGCCGUGGAACAUUGUCGGCACCAACUACAAGCUCCUGCGCAAGAGCUGCUUCGACCCCUCAGUUCGGAUCGUGGACCUGUAUGGCCAGCGCAUGAAGUCGAAGGGGCCGUAAUUAGGUCGUUACUCGUGGGAGAAAUUGCAUUUUUGGGACGUGGAGGAAGCGUCGUUGGGGAUGGCAACGGCUGGGACGUUCCAACAGGACUUAAAUACCCAAUACUUGAACCAUCUUUGGAUAUAUUCCAGCUCCGAGACGUGAAAAAAACGUGUCAUUGACAUAUUUAGAG